ACAUGAGAUGAACCAGCAGAUACGAAUCACGUAGACCAGAAUGUCAACAUUCAUUUCCUAGCAUCUGCAGUGACAAAUUUAAUGUCCAGUUUUGCGGUAUAGUGUUAUGCUAUACGCGCUUGCAAUGUUAUCGCCAGUUGACAGUUUUUUUUAGUUAGGUAUACUUGGUUUGGAAGAUCUGCGAUCAUAUUAUAUAAGUUUAUAGUACAUUUUGAUGUCCACAAAAGCUUAGUUAAAACACACACUAACUUAUAACGACGAGCGGAAUAAGGUUGAUAACAUAAGUGAUUUCGUCAGAGGUCGCUUUAACUGAAAAUCGUUUUUGAAUAAUUAAUUUUAAUAAUAGCCGUAUGUUACAGGAACAUAAAAUAAUAUCCAGUUUUGAGAGAGGUCAACAUCUGUGACCUAGGACGGCUGCUGACCAACUCAGUCCAACGACAAAAAAAUGGACGAACAGUCAACAUUACACUGGAAGGAAGAAAAGUCGUUAUUUUCUCAAAUCGUAGAAUUUCACGAAAAUCGACUGAAAAAGGAAGGGAUCGACGACGAAACGAAACGUCGACUCACUUCGCUUCAUCAGGCGUUUCGUGUUUACAGAUCGACAAGCAUCGAGAGUGAAUCAUCCGUAGACGAUCCCAGCCUCGUUUUGGAUAUAGGUGCUACAAACACCGCCGAAGAGAUCUUGGAGAACCUGGGAAUAACAGGACAGGUCAAUCCUGAUGUACCAGGACGCUUCUCAUCGUCCAUCCAGAACAGGAUUCAAAAAUUACACUCAGAAAACUUGCGCCAGAUGGACUACAGGAUAUUGAAGUCACUCGAGCUCUCGCGAGAUUCUGUUAGAACAAACCUGCUGUCCAAAAGAAGAAAUAGUACUGACGACAGUCAAAUGCCCCAAAUUGAUGUCAACUCCCCUGGCGUGUCAAAACCAAAGCUUAAACGAAAAUUUCCUUUUUUGCGAACAGCAACGGUUCUAAGUUUACACGGCGAAUCUCAAAUCCAGCAAAAUCCUGGUGGUAAGUAUGACAAAUUAGCUUCUAAAAACUACAUGGAAACUUCUAGACCAGGAAAUAUCGAUCCAUUCCACUGUCAGUACCAACGACUUGCUUUACUUGAUCCACUACAAGAAGGGAACGAAUCCUUAUCCAGGCAAUCCAGUCUUCGAUCUAUCUCUUCUGGACGAACCUCCCCUCAGCAGAACUUCGUUCCAGAAGUUUCUUCCAGGAAAGACUCGUACCUUUCCACGGACAGUGAUUAUGACGAACAAGAUGAUGUAGCCGCAAAUUCUGGCAAGAAUUUAUCCUCACGAAUUUCUGCCUUUGAUGUAGAUAAUGAAACAUUCAACUGGCUAAAAUAUCAAAUUUCACCACGAAUCUUUCUUUCUGAUAACCGACUCCAACAAGGACUGAUGAAAAGUACCACAUCAGCUGUUAGUUCAGAAGAACUAGUGGAAAGUGCCAAAUCCGCAGCUAAAGUAGAAACUUUCAGACCUUAUCAGAAAACUUGUGAAAACACCGAUUUAUCAAGUACCAGAACAAGCUACAAAGAUGGUUUCAAUACAGAUAUUGACGAACAUCCAAACCUGCCAGUGAUUCAUAUCACUAGUGAAGGGCUAAGAAAUGAUGACGUUGAUGAUCUAAAGAACGAAAUGACCAAUCCUAACAAACUGCGACGGUCAUCCUCCCUUUGUUCUUUCUUGACCACCCUAGGUGAUGAAUUGAUUAUGGGUGAUAAAUCCGUCUACUCUACUCCUGAGGGAAAUAACUUGUGCAUCUCUGGGUUUGUAAAAGAAACAAAAUGCAAUAGUCUGAAACACACAAAAACACACGAAGACGAUUCAGAUCAUGUGUUGAAUAUUACGGGAAUUCAGGGUAAGGAAAACUUUCAAAAUGUUAAUUACCAAGUCAAUAAGUCUUCGCCGUCCGGUGGCUCAGCGGUAAGCUUAAGGACGUAUAACGCUAAAAAUCGAGAUUUCAUUCCGGCGGUGAGCACAACGCAGAUAAUUCACCGUUCAGCUUUGCAUUCAAACAAAACAAAAAACAAUUCGUCUUCUCUCAGUUUUUCUUGCCCCUCUAUCGAUCAGAUGCAUUCUUUUUAUGACCAGAAAUCAGAUUUUGCAUCUAAAUUCCAAAGAUUUCAUGGCUCUCUCGAUUCUGAUAUCGAGAUUAUAUUAGAAAGAGGUCAUCGGUGCGAUAACACCACAACUGUCGACAGCGACGAAGACGUAAUUCUUUGUAUUCUGACGUCACCAGGGAAACCUUACACGGAAAUGGAGUCAACUAUCGGAAAUGAUGAGGAAAUACAGGAUGAUAAUCCAGCUCUAAGCUCUCCCGACAGUGAGAGGCUUCACGGGGCGUCUCACUGUAACACUUGUGAGGAUUCGAGUCUGAAUUUUACAGACUAUUUGAAUCAUCUACCUCGACUAACGGAAGGACACUGUGCACGUGCGGACGCAAGCCAGCACCAUAAACAGAAAGAAGCUUACGCUGCAGACGAUUCUGAAGCUUCCAGUAAACAUAACCUAGGAAAUUCUCCGCCAAAGGAAAAGGCGUUCAUUGACAAAGGUAAAGUAAAUUGUUUAGAAAUUUGUUCUAACUUUUCAUCUUUUCACCAGAUGUCGCCAGUUAAUCAAAAUGGCAAAAUAAAUGAAACCAGAAACAGCCAGAGACAAAGUAGACAAGCAUUUUUGACAAGUCUUUUAAGUCAAAAUGGGAUGGGUAACAACGAGCCUGAAAAAAAUACAAAGGUUGAUAAUGGUACACAAGAAAACAAUCAGAUUACAGAUACCGAAAACAAUGUAGAAACACCUAAUUUUCAAUAUGUCACAACAUAUAGCUUUGAUAAGGAGGAUGUUGAUAACGAACCGUGUGGCUGGCCACAAGGUAACGAGAUUUCAGAUAUUCACGAGGACUUCGACCAAUCUGGAAAGCUGAUUCGCAAGGUAGAUUCCCGUGGUCGAGAGUACGUUGUGAAUGCAUUUGAUAACCAGGAGCUUUUGUUAAACGAGAUCUCAGUCAGCGAAAGUCCGAUAUUGGAGAAGACAUCAUUUGAACCAGAAUGGCAUGAGAAGAAUCUUCAAGAUUCUUGGGUGAUUUCAAAUUGCAUUGAACCUGAAAAAAAACUGUACGGAAAUACAGCAUCAGAAAAGGAAGAUACAGACGUUUCUGGAGGAAGAUUUGCUCGUAACGUGCUUAUGUCUGACCCUGAUGACGUCAAUUUUAGUCACGUGGGAACUCAUGGUUACAGCAAUAACAUAAUAGAGCAGAAACAAGAAUCGUGUGAUCUUUCUAAAGAAGCAUUGGAUAAAAAUAGAAGUUUGACUCCCACUAAAACUAGGGUGUUGAAAACUUUAGUUUGUCAGGAUUUCGAAAAUAAAACCAAAACACGAAAAGAUUCGAUGUGCAUACUGGACUCUUCUUCUUCUGAAAGGAGUAAUGGUGAGAUGAACAGCUCGUCUUUAAUAACAGUAGAACAGGAAGUGAGUGGAAGUUCGAUAACAGAUGACGGAAGAAGACAAGAAUCAAGUUGUGUGGAAGAUAAUAAUGUAGAACUUGAAUAUGAGGUUAGCAGUGUAAAGAGGGACGAAGGAGGAUCAGGGACAAGACUGAAUGGUUAUUCUGUUGUUGAACCCAACAGUAUGGAAUGUUGUCCUAUGUCUAACACUACCCUAAUUAGGGACAUCGCACCAAUAACUAUUGCACAAGAAGAAGACGUGAACGAGUAUGCCCUAGUUCCAAAUAAUGAUCCACCAGCAGGCGCUACAGUGGAUUAUAGAACAGCUAUUAGUAAGAUAAUCUGUGAUACUUCUGAGAAGCCUUUAUUGUGGAAAGAAGUCAUUGAGGAAGAGGACAACUUAAGUAAAGAAUAUGCGGAAGUGAGAAAUGACGUUUGCGGAAGCACAGAGCAUGAGUUUGAUUCAAACAACAGGAAGUGGGGGCCGUCUUUCAACACCGAAACUGAACCCAAACAGAAGACUGAAAACAAUCUGACAAAUGAUAAUGUGAACUACACGAGCCAAGAGCAUCAAAUUAAAAACAAUGCAGAGAUUCUGGGACAACAUAACGCUCUACCCAGAGAGGCCAACCAGAAAGAAACUACUUAUAAGUACGAAGGAGAGAAAAGCUUGGCAAGACCUUCUCCGAUGUCUUCAACAGAUACAGAUGUUCUCAACAUCCAAGAACACUCGUCAGUAAUUCGGAAAUCUCAACGUGGACUUGAGUUCGGUCAGGCAUCACAAGACCUGGAAGCCCUGAGGAAAACGAUCGAAAUGACAAAGGAGAGAAGAAUGAACGCACUCCGUGAGCUGAAAAUGCUGCAAGAGAUUCUUGGGCAGAAAGAAAAUAUUUCUAUACCGCCAUCUUGGAGUGAAUGCUCAAUUCGAAGCGAUCUAAGUGAAGAAAAGUCGAAGAACGAAAUUGAAGGAGUCUGUGAAGUAGAAAAAAGAAACAUGGUGAACCUUUCGAACGAAAAGGAUUCUCAUUUCUUGUUGACGGGACUGAGUCGAGGGUUCAACGCCACCUGCCAAUUGAAGGAAACCCUCGACGACACAGGUGGCGCCUUCUGUGAUAAUGAAAAUGAAAAUCAAUUUGUUAUUAAAGCCCUAGAAGAGCAUUAUUCCAAAACACUAGAAGAAGGCUUAAGUAAGGAAGGAGCUGAAGAACUUCUAAGGGAAAUGGAAAAAUUAAAGUUACUGUUACAAGAAGGAGACAGAAAGAUGGAACAGCUUGAGAAACAAGUAGAAUCGACAACGGAAGAAAACAUCGAGCUGCGGAUGAAUCUAUUGAAAGUUCAAGAAGAUCUAACAAAACAAAAUUAUCACAAAGACUCUGUGAUUGAAGAGAGAGACAGUCAAAUCGUGGAACUGGAAAAAGAGAUUAAGUCUCUAUCGUAUCUCCGUUUGAAGAGUGAGGAGACACAACAGGAACAUUCAAAGAAAAUAGAAGAACUAGAAAAGAUACAAGCUGAAAAAAUUGCUGCAAGAAUACAUGAAAUUAGACAGGAAGCUGAUUGUCAGUUAGCUGAACUGAAUAUAAAAGUUGCAUGUCAAGAGGAAGAGCUGAUCCGCUUACGAAGAGAAAACUCGGAACUCUGUAUACGACUGAAGAGCUCCGAAAACAUCUGCAGUGUCAGCAGCCAAGACGACGUAUUGGAAACCAACAGAAACUUGGCAUGGCUUGAAUCUCCACUUAGUUCACCAAGCAGUGGAGAGACAAGCCGCCUGAAGAAGCGUGUUGAGGAAGCGGAGAGCAAAGCCAAACAGAAUCAGGAUAGAGCAGACUACCUCAAUAUCCUGCUCAAUCAGAAACUUGUAGAACUAAACAAACUACAGCUGACCCUUUCUGGCCAAACAAAGGAACUGAUCCAUUUGGAGAAAGCAUACUACCAGCUUCGAUGUCAUCUUAGACAACCUUCAAGAUCCAGAUCCUUAUCCCGAAACUCUUCCAAGUUAGAAUUCCAGGCGUGACUCUUCCGAGCAUUUGGAAGUCUUAUUAUUGU